CUGGCUCUCACCUGCACCCAGCCCAGCCCAACGCCGGCCUUGCCUUCCCAGGGGAGGUACAGCACACUGGGCCCAAGAGUGGCCCUGAUGCUCAGGAGUCCGGGGAUGCCGGUUGCCACCGUCGCUGCCCUGGAGGGCAUAUUCCAGGCCCUGGGCUUUGAGAGUCUUGGGCAAAGAGAGGCCCCCGUUCAGGGCUUCCUGGAGGAGCUGGCUCGGUUCCAGGAGCAGCUGGAUGCCCACGGGGGCCCCAUAGGCUGUGCCCUAGUGGCCGUGGUGGCUCCCCGUGGGCAACUGAGGUGGUCCCAGAAGCUGGCCUGGGAGAUGAGUCGCUGCAGGGCCCUGCAGGGUUGCCCCAAGCUCUUCCUGCUGCUCUCAAGUUCUCCGGGGGGUGAGUGGGCUGGGUAGGGACCCCUGGCUCUGGGACAGGGCAAAGCCAGCCUGGGAGGUUAGGGUGAGGGACGGCCAGGGGAGCUGAGGGCUCCCUGAGGCCUCCCUCCAUGCCAAUGUGCUGCUCCCUCCCCAGCCACCCUGGAGCCUGGAACCUUCCUCCCCAGCCUGGCUAAGCUCUGUGACCGCUGUCCUCAUUGGUCCCUGCUGCAGCUGCUGACAGAGGUGGGGGCCCAGAGAGGGAGCCCAGGUUGGCGGGCUGUGCUGGGUGCUCCUGAGCCUGCCACAUGGUGACAUGCAUUCAUAUGCCUGCCCACCAUUCAUUCCCAACCCUGUUGUCUCCCCCACAUGUCUUCACCCUCGUCCUCCCCUCCCAUCCUACACUGCACCCCACUCACAGCACUGUCAGGGUCUCCCACACACGUAGACUGCUCCCUACCCCGUGUCUUUGCUCAAGAAGCUAUUCCUGCUGCUGGUACACCCCCUUGGCUUCUGCCUCCAUCCUCAGAGUCCCGCCUGGGCUGUCAGCACGGUCGCCCAUCAGCACAGUCCCCUCUGGGCUGUCUGCGUGAUCCCCUCUGGACUGACAGCAUGGUUCCCCGCCAGCUGCACAGUCUCCUCCAGGCUAUCAGCGAUGCCUUCCUUGUGCUCCCCCAGUGGAGCUUGUCCUACCAUCCAUCACUUCUAUCCUCACAUCUGUUAGCCAGCAGGUCCUGAAGGCUGCAGUCUGGGAAUGACUCAGGUCUGGCCUGAGGCCUGCAGGUCUCACUGGGGAGUUGGGGGCCCCUGGCAACCCCAGAGGUGAGAGAUGAAGGUGAGAGGUGUGGGUCCAGCUCUGCUUCCUGCUCUCUGUUAGCCAUCCCGAGGGGCACGCAGGGUGCCUGUGCCCUGCCCUAGGGAACCCCCACCCCUGUGUACACAGAGCCCAAGGCAGAGUGAGUGGUACGGCCACUGUCCACCAUGCCCAGGCAAGUCCAUGACCUCAAGCCUGAGCUAGAAGUUAGGUCCUGCUUAGUUCCGUCUUGCCUUUCCCCUCUCUUGUCUGCCCUCUUCUCUCUCCAUUCUGGUAGGUGACCAGAGACUGCAGUGGCCAUGAGUUGCUCCCUGAACUCAGGGUCCUGGCUGCCUUCUUGUGUUGGGACCUCUCUGAACCUCUCCCUUCCCCACGGAGCAGCUACCUGAGGUGCCCUCUGGCCCCACCCCCAGGUCUUCCGAAGGACAACUGAGAAGUCCACAGUGGGCACCUCCUGCCCAGUUCUUCACAGCUCCUUGAGGGGGUUGCUGUGCCUGGGAGGUGUGCAGGCCUGGGGACCCAAGCCAGAUCCCGGCCCCAGGGCACAGUAUGACCUGUCCGGGACCAGAGCAGCCCUCAUCUUGGCUGUGAUCCAAGGUCGGUCUGGGGCCCAACAUGAUGUGGAGGCUCUGGGGUCCCUGUGCCAGAGCCUGGGCUUCAAGACCACCGUGAGGAUGGACCCUACAGCCCAGGUGAGGGAAGCAUGGAACUUUGUGGGAGGGGGCCCUGACAUCCCUCACCCAGGACUUGGAGGGCAGGAAAUGUGCCCAGAAGCCUAGCCUCCUUCCUCCCUGCCGCAUGCCUUUGGAGCUCACUUCCUAGGCUUCCUGCGGCCUCCCAAGAUGGCAGUUCCUUUGAUUCCCAGCACGGGGCCCCCACUGGACCCUCAAGCUUUCCCUCCAACCAUCUUGAUUUCCUUCCUGGGCACCCAUCAGCCCAUUGCCCUCUUUUCAUACCUCUUAACUUUCCGGCAGCUUCCCAGCUGUGGGAAGCUGGACUAUAUGCACUUCCAAUGAGGCAAUGCCCGGCUUUGCAGCAGGAGGUUCCAGAAAGGACUUCCCCACAGGGCCCUAGACUGGCA